AGCUAAACAAGCAAGUCAGUUUAUGUUGUGCAACUGGAAAGUUAAGAGCAAACAAUUGAAGGCUUAUACGAAACCGCGUAAUAGGAUUAGCAAUAUUGAAUUAUGCAUUUAUCAGUGACUCGAGACAGUCACUUGGUGAAGUGAUUGCAUGGGAAUUAGUGCAACCGUGAAAAGUUAAAAGAAAAGUGGACAUUUUGUGGAAAAAUGACAAGGGGACCGAAAAAUACUAUUAGCAGAUCGAGGGUGGUGCUAUCUCAGGUUUUAGCAUGCGCCGCGCUAAACGUUCUGCUGAUUGGACUGGGGAUGUCUAUCAGCUUCGUCACCAUGGUCCUACCCGAAGUGCUCGACGCUAAGGAAGGCCUGACGAUGAACCAGUCACAGGCGUCGUGGUUCGGCAGCAUGGCGUUUCUAUGUCAGCCAUUGGGCAGUAUUUUCUCCGGCCUCAUUCUGGACUACUUUGGGAGGAAGAAGGCUCUGUUUCUAGUCAACAUCCCACACUUGAUAGCGUGGCUGCUCAUGUACUUCGCGUGGGACGUCCCUUCCUUGUUCCUCGGAAACGCUCUUCUGGGCAUCGGUACGGGGAUUAUGGAGGCACCUUCUGUGACAUACGUCGGAGAAGUGAGUGAUCCAUCUCUCCGAGGCAUUCUUACAACGCUGACCAACUGUUUCACAUCAAUUGGGAUGUUCGUCGCGUAUCUGCUGGGUACUGUAGUGUCAUGGCGACAGGCAGCACUUGUGUCACUCACUGUACCUUUGGCGACGAUGGCGCUUGUAUUAUUUGUUCCAGAAACUCCAAUAUGGUUGAUAUCAAAAGGUCGGCAAAAAGAAGCAUUACAUUCCUUAUGCCGACUCCGAGGAUGGGCUCAACCAGAACAUGUCCAAGACGAGUUCAACCAACUGCUAGAAUACAACAACGCUUACAGAGAAUGCGUAAUUUGCUCCGAAGAAAGAACUCCGGAAGAUCAACCAUGCGAACAUUCCAACUAUAACAUUUUCAAGAAGAUAUUCUUAAAAUAUAAGUAUGUGUUCUUCGUCAAAGAGACCUUGAGACCGUUUGGGCUGGUUAUGGCAUAUUUCUUCUUUCAUACCAUGAGUGGUUUGAUACCAGUUAGGCCUAACAUGGUUAACGUGUGCAAGGCUUUGGGAAUGAAGUUCGAUUCAAAAGCUAUUGUGGUAACAGUUGGACUGGUCUACAUAUUAAUGAACCUCAUCUCAGCAGCUGUAGUCAAAUCUAUUGGCAAAAGAAAACUAGUACUAAUAUCGUUAUUCGCCUCAGCGUGCUGCAGUCUUGCUAUAAGCAUAUACGCAGGAGUUAAUUUACCUUUCAACGUGUUUUCGUACGAGCCAAGCACAUUCCCAGAACAGAAGGAGUUUUUACCCAUCGUCCUAUUUAUGUUAUUAGUCUCCUUUACUAGCACGGGUAUACCUUGGGUACUGCUUUCGGAAGUUUUCCCAUUCAGGAGCCGAGGCAUGGCGACUGGUUUAGCGGCCGCUCUCAGCUACAUCAUUUUCUUUUUAGCUUCAAAAACUAACUACAAUCUAGAAUCAAGUUUUCACAUUCAUGGAACAUUUUUACUUUACGCUAUCAUAGGUUUUAUUGGUACUGUUUAUUUAUAUUUCUUCUUGCCAGAAACAGAACGUAAGACUUUAGUAGAAAUCGAAGCGUAUUAUAAGGGAAAUCAAAAAAUAUUUGCCAAUGAUUUUUUUAUUAAUGCUUUCAAAAAGAAAAACGGUAAAAACAACGAUGUAGAUUGUCCUAUGCUAGUCACUUGUAGUUCAAUUAAGUAGGUAGACUUACUUAAUAAUUAUUGUUAUAUUACUUAUUUUUAUAAAAUUCUCAAUUCUUAGGAAAAUAAUACGAAUUUUGCUUUUGUUAAACGCUUAUGAUAUUUUAGGCUGGUGCCAUGCCUUAUUUCGUUAUUAAGUAUUUAAGGUUGUUAAAUUUAGUGUCCUUAUUUAAAAUUGAUGUAUGUGAGAAAUUAUCUAACAAUAGGAAAGUUGAACUCAUAUUGAGUUUUAGCCCACAAAAUUGUAAAAUUGAAAAUCUUUGUACUGAAUUCGCAUAAAAUACUUAGAUCUUAUUUUGUUUAAUAUAAAUUUUAUAUUCUUAAAAAUUGUGAUAAAAUAAAUUAACAUAAAAAGUCUAGUUACUACGAUAUAGCACAAAAGAUCUGUAUCAAUUGAAGUAAAGAGUAUGAGUAUUUCGCACAAAAAUAUAUAUGGAAAUACCAAUCUAAAUCAGUUAAU